AUGAAAAGAAGGGGUUCAACAAACAGGUUUAAUUUAGAAGAGACGAAACCACAGAGUCCAAUGGGAACUUUAAAUAGUGACAAUAGGCCAAGAAGUUUUUAUGAAGGCCGAAUUCAAAUUGAUCCAAAAUCAAAAAACAUAAUUGAUACAGCUCAGACGAAAUUACAAGAAAGACUUGACUUGAUAUCAGCCAAAUUAAAUAGAGCUAAGGCUACUCAGUUAAAUGACGAUGAUUUAGAGAAUGAAGACAUUUUAAACAACUUCAAACUAUCAGGCAAAGUUCAAUUUUACGAUGAAAACUGGAAGGAAACACUCGAAAAAGCCAAAACAGAGAAAGAUUUCAAUACAGUUUUGGCUUCAUUCGUUCAAAAUUUUACGGAAAUCAAUGCUCAAAAGGUUGAUUUGACAGAAUUACCUCCAAAAUCAGAUCGUCAGUACGUGGACUCUCUUAUUGAACUCUUUUCUAAAAACAUCUCAGAGAUGUACAAGAAAUCUGUAAAUCAGUCGUACUCGCAACUCAGAGACCAAAUACAGCAAGCAGAAUUCAACCUUGAUGUCGUAUCCCAGCAAUUUGAACAAAAUAUUGAUACUUUGCGCAAAGAUUUAACAAGAUUCAAGAAACAGCUCUCCGCUCAGGCAGACACUCAAUACAAGAAAGAGCAGAAAGUUAAGGAACUAAAGCUCAAACUCCAGCAUAAUACUCAAGAAAUCCCUCAAUACUUCCCUCUCAUGGUUCCUUUGACAGAGCCAAGACGGCCUGCAAUUGUUCGUGAUAAGUACAGACCAAAAACGCAUACGGCACUGCCUUCUCUCCCAAGUAUUCACGCACAACUCGUAUCUCACAAAUUUGCUAAAGAUCUUCCACCUCCAUCAAAUGACGGUGCUGAAACAUGGAGUGACUGGGAUGAUAUGCAAAUGUUUGACCAUUCAGUACCUUUUGCUCAAUAA